CUUCACUUUUUUCUCUCUAUCUUGCUAUUCUGCUGUUCUGUCUGCAAGCUGGCGUUAUCGUAAAAACAUUGACUUUAUAUAUAUUACUCCCAGAGGUGGCACAUUGACACAACGCACAUUGCCAUUCCCAACAGCAAGAUAUUUCCGUAGCUCAAAGCACAUUUUCUUCUGCCCCUUCCAUUUACUUCCAUUCAUCCAAAGCCUGCCCUUUGCUUCCAAUCCUAUUUUUUUUACUAACCACAUAUACUAGCUGCAAAAAGUAGUAAUGCCGGAUGCAGCGAUUACUACUGGUGAGUGCCAGCCAACGGUUCGGUCGCUGGUCACAACAAACGCUAGUACCUGCAGCAACCACAGCAUGCCGAGCAAGGAGAGCGAGAUCAUCCUGAUUCCGCCUGGCAGCGCAUCUGCCGAAGACACCACAUCCGUCGAAGACACCACCUCGACGAAUGGCUCUAGCAACUUUGAGCGAAGCCCGGUGACAGCGCGACAGUUGUACAUGGCAAUUACUGGCGGCGUCUUGCUUUAUUUUAUAGCUGCGCUGGAGACGACAAUCCUGGCUACCGUGUACAUUGAUAUUGCAAAUCAAUACGACGACAUGUCGAAUGGCAUCUGGAUCAUUACUAGCUACAUGCUAUCAUCAACUGCAGUCCAGCCAUUGUAUGGGAAGCUCUGUGAUAUCCUUGGACGAGUCGAGACAAUUCUGAUAUCGGUCGGGAUAUUCACAAUCGGGUCUAUUUUGUGCGCAGUAUCAAAGUCGCUCGGAAUGCUGAUUGUGAGCCGGGUUGUGCAGGGUGUCGGCGGUGGUGGCCUCAUGGCUCUGACAUCGGUUGUCCUGUCUGAUGUAACCACAGAAAGAGACCGGGGGAAAUACAGCAGUUUUUUAGCUGCGAGUUUCGGCGUAGCGUCGGCGGUCGGGCCGGUACUUGGCGGUCUGCUGGUCCAGCACUCGUCGUGGCGAGUAAUCUUUUGGCUUAACUUGCCUGUCUGCCUGCCUGCCAUGGCUAUUAUCCUUUACGGGCUAAAGGUGCCGCGGCCGCAGGGCACAAUACGGGAGAAAUUCAAGCGGAUCGAUUUCCUCGGGUCGUUCUUGUUCAUGUGCGGCAUCAUCCCGCUGGUUCUGGCGUUCUCGUGGGCUGGUGUCGGGGAGAGCUGGACAUCGGCAAAAAACAUGACGUGUAUUGUUGCUGGUGCCGUCAUGUGUGUUGUGUUUUUGAUCGUUGAGUGGAAGGUGUCGGCGGAGCCCAUCAUCGAGCUGAAGCUGUACAAGAUCCGCAAUAUCGCAGUGUCAUCAAUAAGCCAUUUCUUCUUCGGUGCGUCGACAUAUGGCCCAAUCAUGUUUAUUCCUGUUUGGGAACUGUCGGUGAAACACUCGUCUGAAGUCUCGUCUGGUCUCCAUCUGCUACCAAUGAUGCUACCCAUGGUGAUCAGCGCUGCCAUAUCAGGUGCACUAAUGGCCAGAACAGGGAGAUACAGACUGGUAAUAGCCCUCGGUGGUAUGCUGACCGUUAUCGGCACCUCGCUGCUAAUUCUGAUGGACGAGGACUCGGGUAAUGGAAAGCGUAUCGGAUUUGUCGCAAUACUUGGGACCGGAAUCGGUCUGAGCCUGCAGCCUUUGCUUGUCGCAGCCCAGGUCACAGUGUCAGGGAAAGACAUGGCAACAGUCACAACAAUGUUGACGUUCUUACGGUCACUGGGCGGAAUCUUUGUCCUGUCAAUUCUAUCGUCAGUAAUGAACCGGACGCUGCGCACAGAGGCGGUGAAACUCAUCACGCUGUUUCCAUUCAGCAUGUAUACCAUUCUGAAGGCACUUGAUGACCAGUCAGUGAUCACCAAAGAUCCAAGCAUCCCAGAGGAGCUCAGAACGGCACUUACUCACAUGUUCCAGACCACCAUGCACAAGGUGUAUAUUGGACUGGUUCCGUUCGCCGCCAUGUUCUUUAUAGCGGUGCUAUUCUUCAAACAUGUUGAACUCAACACGCGACGCAAGAAAACUAUCAAAUAGCAGAUUGGCCAUAUCGAUAAAUGAAGCUUUGUAGUUAUUUUCUUUUGAAUGGCAUAUUUUGAAUUCAGC